AUGUUUUUUGAUACUGCUCCGCUGGUUACUAAUCAAUCCCAAACAAGUUUUAUUACCCCACCGGGACCAACCGGCGGUGAACAUUUUGGUAGACUAACUCGCCCCUCACACGUAGAAACUAUUCCCGAAAAUCCAGCUCAAAAGAAAUUGCCGAAUCAGCCUUUUGUAGAAAAUACUUCAAACACAUUAGGAACAUUCACUGCACCAUUGGCCCCUGUUUUCCCCUCAACACACCAACGCGUUACGAGUGUUUCUAGCUACUCGCAUCCAAUCACUACACCGGUAGUUUUUGAUAGAGUAGCGCAAAGUCAAAAUGUGUCAAGUGUUACGCAAAGUGCUAGUGUUCCAAGUGUCGUUCAGCCAGCAUACGCCGGGGUAGCGGGUAUCCACCCGAAUGCUACGAAGCCAACAGCUUCGUUCCUGGUUUCGCGCCCUCUGCCGAACAUGGCGCAGUUCGAGAUGCCAUCGAUGGGCAUUCAACCACCGUUGCCGCCAUUAGCACCUGUAGAUGGACCGACGGCCCAGCAGAUUGCAGCUCGGCACGUGGUUCCAAAGGAUUUGCCGGCGUUUUCUGGCGAUCCAACGGAGUGGCCACUCUUCGCCAGCAGUUACUACAACUCUACGGCCAUGUGUGGCUAUUCGGACGGCGAAAAUUUGAUGAGACUACAGCGCAGCCUUAAAGGUAACGCCAGGGAAGCGGUUCAUUGCCAUCUCCUGCACCCUGCGUCGGUUCCGCAAGUUAUGAUGACGCUGCAAACCCUCUUCGGACGUCCGGAGCUCAUCGUUCGUAGCUUGUUGAACAAGGUUCAGUCAACACCAGCACCGAAGGCAGACAAGCUGGAGACCCUAAUUAGUUUUGGACUUGCCGUUCAAAAUCUGUGCAGCCACCUGCAAUCAAUGGGAAUGGAGGCGCACCUGUCGAAUCCCACUCUUCUUCAAGAACUGGUUGAUAAGCUGCCUACCAACUUGAAACUGGAUUGGGCCCUACAUCAGCGUCAUCUGCCAGCCGUAGACCUGAGCUCGUUCGGCAGCUACAUGUCAACGAUCGUCUUUGCCGCGUCGAAAGUUUCUGUUGGAUCGGAAUCAGUGGGAAAGUUCGAAAAGCCAAAGGGGAAGGAGAAAGGUUUUCUGAAUACCCAUUCUACGGAACAAGUGGGCGACAACGACCGAGAAGAGCGACAAGAAAGCAGUGCAGGACAGACGAGGGCACCAUACAUCCCAAAGCCUUGUCCGGUUUGCAAGAAAGACCCUCACAGAGUGAAGGAUUGCCGCAGUUUCCUGAAAGCAAGUAUCGACGACCGCUGGAAGCUAGUUCAUCAAGCGAAUCUGUGCAGGCGCUGCUUGAUUGGUCACGGCAAAUGGCCAUGUAAAGCGACAGUGUGCGGGAUGGACGGGUGCGAGCUACGUCAUCAUAAGCUCUUGCAUCCGGGAAAACCAGAACCAUCGCCCAACGCCAAGGAUCAACCCAAGGUAACUGGUACUGUCGGCGUUCAUCGUCAUCAGUCUCGCCCCACACUCUUCCGGAUCAUUCCGGUCACAGUGCAUGCGAAAGGAACAUCAAUUCGCACGCUGGCGUUCCUUGACGACGGCUCUUCCUACACGUUGAUAGAGCAGGAUCUCGCGGAUGAACUUGGCGUUACUGGCGAACUGGAACCACUGUGCUUACAAUGGACAAGCGGAAUAACAAGGACGGAGGCGAACUCUCGAUUGCUGCAGAUUGAGGUAUCAGGUGUCGACGCCAACCGGAAGCACAUCUUGGAGGAUGUCCGAACAGUGGAGAAACUCGAUCUACCUCCGCAAUCGUUGCGGUAUCUAGAGCUAGCGGAUAGGUACGAGUACCUACGAGAUCUUCCGGUGGCUAGCUACGAUAGCACGGUGCCGCGUAUUCUGAUUGGCGUAGACAACGCCAACUUACUGGUAACGCUCAAGAAAAGAGAAGGGAAGAAGUUUGAGCCAGUUGCCACUAAAACUAGGCUUGGGUGGACGAUCUACGGGAACGUGGAAGGAUUUGGCGAGCCAUCCCAUCGGCUCCUACACAUUUGCGCCCGAUCAGCUGACGAAAGUCUUCACGAAGUUGUUAAGGAGUUCUUCUCUAUCGAGAGUGUUGGCGUCGCAGUUGCAACGAAAAUCGAAGCAGAGGACGAUCGAAGAGCUCGUGUUAUUAUGGAGAAAACGACCAUCCGCAUGCCAUCUGGAAGAUUCCAGACUGGUCUCCUAUGGAGGAAUGACUACGUCGAGUUCCCGGACAGCCGGGCUAUGGCAGAGCAUCGUCUAAAAUGUUUGGAACGGCGACUUAGUAAGAACCCCGAGCUGUAUAACAACGUGAAGCAGCAAAUCAAGGACUACCAACGCAAAGGAUAUGCACACGAGUUGACCGAGCAGGAGGCGAAUAACAGCGAUCCUCGACGGGUCUGGUAUUUGCCCUUAGGGGUUGUAACAAACGCGAACAAACCAGGCAAGGUACGGAUCGUCUGGGAUGCCGCGGCUAAAAUUGAAGGGAUCUCGCUCAACUCUAUGUUGAUGAAGGGUCCAGACAUGACUGCGUCGCUCACAACAGUGCUGUAUCGUUUCCGGCAACGACAAAUUGCCAUAGCAGGUGACAUCAGGGAGAUGUUUCACCAGAUCCAAAUUCGUCCACAAGAUCGUCAAGCCCAAAGAUUUUUAUGGCGAGAUGAACCUGGUGAAACGAGUAAGGAAUACGUCAUGGAUGUGGCAACCUUCGGGUCGACCUGCUCACCUUCGUCGGCCCAAUACAUCAAAAACAGGAAUGCAGAAGAGUGGAGCGCACAGUACCCGGAGGCUGCGGUAGCCAUCAUAGAGUGUCAUUACGUCGAUGACUAUCUGGACAGUCUGGAUUGCGAGGAAGAAGCUGUUCAACUGGCGCUCGAUGUGAAGACCGUUCACGCUAAGGCCGGAUUUGAUAUCCGGAAUUGGCUAUCAAACUCAGAGCUGGUCGUUCAACGGGUCGGGGAUCUGGGCCAGCAGGUUACGAAGAGUUUCACAGUCGGCAAAGGUUCGGAGACUGAAAGGGUGCUGGGAAUGAGUUGGACACCGAAGGAGGACACUUUCACUUUCGCUGUGAAUUUUCGGAGCGACAUCCAAUCGUUGAUCAGUGGCACGAGCGUGCCAACCAAACGCCAAGUUCUGCGGGCCGUCAUGAGUGUUUUCGACCCCCUGGGAUUAGUCGCGGUGUUCGUGAUCCACGGAAAGUGCUUGGUGCAAGACAUUUGGCGGACCAAAAUUGGUUGGGAUGAUCCAAUUCCCGAGAAACUCCACGAAACUUGGCGUCGAUGGAUUCAAGUUCUUCAGCAGCUACCUCAACUCGAACUACCACGAUGCUACUUUCCAAACUACAGUGUCGGCAGUCUUCGGAGUCUACAGCUUCAUGUGUUUGUGGAUGCCAGCGACACGGCCUACUCUUGCGUCGCUUACUUCCGGAUUGAGGAUCAGGAAAGGGGAUUCCGAUGCGUGCUUGUUUCGUCCAAGACAAAGGUGGCUCCUCUAAAACCGCUGUCAAUACCACGUUUGGAGCUCCAGGCGGCAGUCAUCGGUACACGACUGAUGAAGUCCAUCCAGCAGAGCCACACGCUGCUUAUCUGCCGACGAGUUAUUUGGAGCGAUUCGAGGACCGUCCUGUCAUGGAUCCAAUCAGAUCAACGGAAUUACCGGCAGUUUGUUGCGUUUCGGAUAGGCGAGAUCUUGGAGGAGACCAAAUUGGAAGAAUGGAGAUGGAUUCCAUCGCGCUUCAACGUCGCUGACGAAGCGACAAAAUGGGGAAAUGGGCCAAACCUACGCGAGAACAGCCGAUGGUUCUGUGGACCAGAGUUCCUAUGCAAAGAAGAAUCGGAGUGGCCGAAACAGGAGCUCCCGGAAGCAGAUACAGCGGAAGAACAACGACCAGUGAACGCGCACCAUCGAGCGGCAGAGGAACCACUCGUCGACUUCAGGCGAUUUUCCAGUCUUCAACGUUUGGUUAGAACGGUUGCUUAUGUGCGUCGUUUCAUCGCUAUCGCUAGAGGAAGAUUCGUUGCUGAAGCUCCUGCGUCUGCAAUAUUGUCUCGCCAAGAGAUUCAGGAAGCGGAGUUUACACUAUGGCGUUGGGUUCAAGCGGAAGUUUACCCCGAUGAACUGCAAACGCUUCGUGCCAAUCAGCAGCUAGAGACCCACGAACAUGGAAAGUUCGGGAAAAACAGUCCACUACGGAAACUGUCUUGCUUCAUCGACGAGGCUGGGGUAAUUCGGUUGGAUGGAAGGUUGAGGAACGCGCUUCAUGCUCCAUAUGCUGCUAAAUUUCCUGUAGUUCUGCCGAAAAAGCAUCUUAUUACCGGAUUGCUAGUCUCUUCGUACCAUCAGCGGUUCGCUCACGGAAAUAGCCAAACCGUGCUCAACGAAAUACGCCAAAAAUUCUACAUCUCCAGUCUUCGUAUCAUCGUUCGACAGAUUGCGAAACAGUGUGCUUGGUGCACUGUCUAUAAAGCUAGCCCACGAUUUCCCAAGAUGGCUCCACUGCCAGAAGCUCGGGUUACUCCUUACGUCCGCGCAUUCACGUACAUUGGCGUGGAUUACUGCGGGCCAUUUUCGAUACGAGUUCGGAGGUACGAGGUGAAGAGAUGGGUGAUGCUGGUGACGUGCCUUACAGUACGAGCCGUGCACCUUGAAGUGGUAGGUAGCCUGUCAACCGAGGCGUGCAAGAUGGCCAUUCGAAGGUUUAUAGCCAGGCGGGGAGCACCGCAGGAAAUAUAUAGCGACCAAGGGACCAACUUCAUCGGCGCAAGUAGAGAGCUGAAGGCGGAGAUAGCCAAUAUCAACAAGGACCUAGCAGGAACGUUCACAAACGCCGAUACACAAUGGCAUUUCAACCCACCUGCAACCCCACAUAUGGGUGGGGCAUGGGAACGUCUUGUGAGGUCGGUGAAGACAGCGCUGAGGACCAUUUCAACCGAAAGAAAACUGGACGAAGAAACGUUCUACACGUACCUCACUGAGGUGGAAUCCAUGGUUAACUCCCGUCCGUUAACCGACGUGCCGCUGGAAUACGAGGAUGGUGAGGCCAUUACACCCAAUCAUUUUUUGCUGCUCAGCUCUUCUGGGGUGGUACAGCCAGCACAGCUUCCAGUGGACAAGAGAGCUCUGAGGACAAACUGGGAUCAAGUCCGACAUCUUCUGGAUCUAUUCUGGUCGAAGUGGAUUAAGGAAUAUCUGCCUCUUGUCAACAUCCGCACAAAAUGGUUGUCCAACUCCAAGCCAGUGAAACCCGGAGACCUGGUGAUGCUGGUGGAUGCGGGCUCAAGGAACAGCUGGAAGCGUGGCAGGAUUGUGAAGGUCUACGAGGGAGCAGAUGGGAUUGUACGACGGGCUGACGUCCAAACUGCCAACGGAUUGUUCCAGAGGUCGGUUACUGGAUUAGCAGUGCUUGAGGUGAUGAAAGACGGUACAGCUGCAGGAAGUUGCCAGCAAUACGGGUCGGGGAAUGUUGAAGAUACUGAUCACCUGGCAACACUGACCCCAGAUGAUAGACCGGACUCGACAUCAUCGUAGAACGUCACGGUGACAGACGUUUGACAUACAGUAAGACACACACUAUCUACACGACACGAAACGAUAACAAAUUGAUUGUAAAACACGUACUAUUGAAUUCAUACCACACGUGGCAAACGAAGAAUUAGUUAAUUGAAUUAUACACAUAUUUUGCCCAUUAUACAAAAAUUUCACUUUGACAGUGACAAAGUUGCAGGACAAGUUUGACACGGACAGUAUAUUACAAAAGGGACUUAGAAUUGUAAGUAAACUAGACAAUAAUACGACUGUUCACGACACUAAAUGAAACUUAAUUAUAGCUUAAAGCAUUCUCCACCUAAUUCGAGUUUGCUGUACAGAGAGUCCGAAGUUCCGUGUCCGUAACUGACCGCAACAGUUAGGGCAUUUCUGGCGAGAUUGUCCAAAAUUGAGCAUAAGUGACGACGACGAUGAUGAAGAAGAAGAAGCGAAGGUUUCUACGAUAACACCGAAGGUACGGCGGCAGGCGCGUGAAGAUAGAAAUAUAUGCUUCGUUGCCCCUGGAGGACGAAUGCCCAGCCAAGUGGCAGAUAGAUCCAAUGAAGAGGAAUCGUACCUUGACUCUGGCUGCACGAUGCAUUUAUCAGGGAAAGCGGAGCUGUUGAAAGAGAUGAAGGCAUGCAACGAAUACGUGACUUUGACUGAUGGUACGACACUGCAAGCAAAAACGAUUGGUACCGCAACGCUGAACAUAACUGGAGAAAAUGGUGAAUGGCGAACAAUUAGGGUUAAAAAUGUUUUAUUUGUACCUACACUGAGCAGUAAUUUGUUAUCUGUGGGGCGAAUUGCAGAACAAGGUUUCAAAGUGAGUUUCGAAGCAGAAAAAUGUUUGAUAAUGAAGGGAAGUAGAGUGAUAGCCGCAGGUAUAAGGAAGAAUGGGAUGUAUGCUUUAGUGUAGUUUGUGUUUAGUGAGAUGUAUUGUCCAGUAAGCUUGACAUGGAAUGCAGGAGACAAGUGGAAGAAGAAUACAAGAGAGUUUUGUUUGAGGAGGAGACUAUCAUACAGAUGUUUUAAUUCUAGAACGCAGGAAAAGAAAGUAGAUGUCGAGGCUUACACUGAGGAGGAGUGUUGGAGAUAGCAGUGAUCGCCUCACCUCGCCUCUUUUCGUCAAGCCCCUGGACUGCUGCCCAGUCAAUAUCGCCCUGGAAGGAGUUAUGCGACGACCCGGGCUCAACAGCCAGGGCACGAUUUUCAUGAAAUACGGCCAAUUUGUUUGCCUUGCGGAUGUCAUGGACAUUAUUGCUAAAUCAUUUGGAACGGUGACGGAACUGUUCACCCGCCUGAUACGGGAAGCAACAAAGGUCGGACUGAUGGUGAAGGCGUCAAAAACGAAGUACAUGCUGGCAGGUAGCACCGCGAACGACAGGGUAAGCCUGUGUAUCAGUGUUACGAUAGACGGGGACACGUUCGAGGUGGUAAAAGAUUUCGUCUACCCCGGAUCCUUUUUAACGGCAGACAACAACGUUAGCCGUGAAAUACGAAGGUGGUGGAUGUAUUCGUCUAUCUCGGAUGCUUACUGACGGCUGACAACAAUGUCAGACAUGAAAUUUGAAACCGUUUUAUCAGUGGAAAUCGUGCCUACUACGACUACGGGCUCCUAAAGAAGCUGCAGUGUGUAAAUAGGAGAAUGGUGUGUGGCGGCAAAGGAUGAAUCAUGAGCUCACCCCAGACAAACAGACGUAUCACUCGGUACAAAUUGUGAUAAAAAUCAUUAUCACGAAAACAUGAUCGCCCAAUGAUAAAUACACUGUGUUUCGCAAACCUUUAAGUAGGUGGCGGUUGAGAGCAAACGUCAAACAGGUGAAAGAAAGGCGCGAGCGUUAUGAGUGGGUGAUUUGCGUACUACAGAUUAUUUGAAUUAACCGUUGAAAUGAAUCGAAGGGGAAGUGAGUAGACAUAACAAGAUUAUACGGACACAAAACACAUAUUAACAAACUAAACAGGCUAAAAGAAUUAGGGUAUAGUAAAACAGAUACAGAUAUGAUAACAUUGAGAGAGCGAACAGCGGUAAUCGAACAUUGCAUCGAUCACGACCACAUGUUCAAUCUAGGUCAGGUCACAGUGUUAGACAGAAGCAAUCACACGAGCACCCUCGCAUUUCUAGAAAUGUGCUAUAUCACUAACACACCACACACAGUAAAUCAUCGCACAGACAUUAGUGGGUUAAACUCAACAUACGCAGCCAUCUUACAAACCUUUUGCGAAACAUUUCAAACCCAUCAAACAACUAAUGAUCCACCAUCUUCAAACCAACCGUUACCUCCACUAGAUGUGUAGUGCAAAGAAUGUAGUUGCUUCAUUAAGUGAAAUUAACCUUCCGUAACUCGCGUGGUUGGCCACCAUUGCCAGCACCACACUAACGCUGAGUACAGAAAGCGAUCGCUCGAGGGUUAAGAAAACUCGCUACGUUUCACUUAAUAUCCUACAUGUAGGUCUAAUCCAAGCCAUUUUUAGAAUAAUAUGUGUAACUAAACAUUGUUUAUGCCUGUUUAAAGCAAAUGUUCAAUAGUUUAGGCACCGACAGUUCUAUGCCAACCAAAACGAAAAACGAUUAAUCAGAAUGUAAGUGAACUAUCGGAACAUGUAAUCCACGCAAUAAUGAUUCCGAUAAUUACAGUAUCCCCUGAAGAAGACCCUAAUACGAGUUGAAACGUUGGGAAAAAUCUAAAACUAUCGUUUUAAUUCCCCAAGACUGCAGUGCCGAAAUAAGUAGCUCUAUAGACCGUAACAGUCGAACUCUCUUCAUCCGAUACAUAGAUCGAAACAGAUCAAUGUUACCUCUGGAUACGGUACCUCUGCCUGUGCUCUCUUGUACUAGUUGGGAAAGAAUAAAAUGAGCAGAUUGACGCAGUGCGCCGCCGUGCUCCGCCUAGUCAAUAGGUUAGGGCCAACGGAACGGAGGUCCUGAUUCAAGGGUUCAAUCUUUAUUUGCUUGCGCUGCACUUGUCAAGAGAUGUUGCUAGCCUUCGGUAAAUCCAUUGGCGAAGAGUGCUGGCCGAGUUGCAAGCCAGAAGUGCAAACCUCUGACCGUGCCAUAUGUGCAGAUCGGUGGUGGUUGAUCAUCUUGAUCUUGAGCUGUCGCUGUCGGUCAUGGUGGCAAUGGAUUGUAUUGUUGGUUAUUGUUGUCACUCAACUCCAGUAAUAAGUGCAGUUUAUCAUUUUGAUUGAAUUGAUUCUUUGCAGUUCACAUUGUUUCCAAGAUACUUGGCACAGCAGCGCUUCAACACUUUCAAUUGUAUUUUCGAUCUCAAGCUUAUUAGAUUUAUAUGAUCAAUUCCAAACAUACAAUUAGCCAUUCUCUAUGUAACUACCCGGUACAAAUUGCCAUUGCAAUGCUCACCUUUCGUCUCCACCCUCGACCCCUAGCUAAUAAGGGAGCCGUACAUAUGAAAUGUCAAGUACUCGGAACAGGUUUCGCUCCCGCACACCCAGUAGAAUUUCUCCCGGUUUCAAGGUCGACAAAAGCUUAGCGCGCAGUGCCGUUGAAAGCAUUACCUCAUCCCUUUUGACGUGCCGUUCGUUUGCCGGUUUGUUCCUAGACCCCAGAGCCAGAGUAGGUAUCGGAGAUACCGGUACCGGUAUACCGCAUGCAGGCAUGCAUCCACCGAGAGAGAAGUGUGAAACACGCGACGAGCGAUAAAAUUGUCUGGUUGGUGGCUGACCAGUGACGAUCAACGACGGCCUGCGCGCGUCGUUGAAUGAAUUUCAUUGAUCAGACUGAACGCCUGCGAGUGAAUGAAUGAACGAAUGUGAGAGCGCGCGCGCGAUCGGGCGAACGUAGCGUGGAAACCGUCGCAGAUGUAAAAUUCAAAUGCGACCUAUCACGUAACCGUUUGGCAGGAAGGUUAGUCAACGCAACAGCUUCGUCGUUGGGGGAAGGCGAGUCAAGCAUUGAUAAGAAAAGCUUGUUUUGUUUAGUUGAUCUUGAUGCUUUUCAUAGAGUUGCCGAUUCGCUUCAGGGGCGGGUGCAAUCAUUGGGGUGAACAGAAAAAUGGACUGGUUUCAGGUGGCGACAUUGCAUUGACCGCCACUGUUUGACCCAGAUGACCAAUUUUGGAACCAUUUUGAUUGCAAUGUUUCUUUUGUAGUUUUGCCGAUAGAAAUACAACGAUUAAUCAAAUUCAAGCAAAAAUAGGCUUUAAUCAAAGAUAUCAGAUUAACUAAUUCUCUUUGGACCAAAAGAGAAUAAAAUAGACGAUGAUCACUUGAAUUCCAAUAUACAAACAGUCUUCGUUGACAUGAUAUGUAAAGUAAAAUAGAGAGAUUUUUUGAAAUUACAUGGCAGUACAUGACAGACCCAGUAAAAAUUCGACGAUUCCAAAUAAACUUUAAAUUGUUUUUGAAUAGGUUUUCGGGCACCAAAAUUCAUAAAAAAUUGAAUUUCAGCUUAGUUUUGCGUGCAGAUUCAGAAUAUGGCAUUAGCAACACCGUCAAAGAAGCAAAUUAAUUAAAUGACAAAUAUUUUCAGAACUCUUUUGGAACUCUCAGUUCAAAACUGUAGAAAUGUUCAUAGAGCAGCAGAGAGGUAGGCUUUGUCUGAGAUGAGGCGUGAGGCAAAGAAAUGAGCACCAACUUCGUUGAUUUUCAACGGUUUUUUUUUCUUCGAUUUUCGUAUUUCUUGGGCGGGUUCUGCCCCCAAUUAGGAUGAAGCAAGAACUUUACGAGUAUUUCCACAGUCAAAAAGUUGUGCAUUGGCUUUACUACAUUUCGAUUUUUUACGACUUGAACACGUUUAACACGUUCACGAGACUCGUUUCUCCCAAUGUCCGUAUUCAAAUUUUUGAAUAUUUUCAUACCGAUCGCCAACAGAUGUUUUAUAAAAAUCUAUCUUAUUCAAACAUCCCGUCGAAAGACAUUAAUUUAAAUGAGGAAGAUCUCCUUGGAUGGGUGUUGUGCCCUCGAAAUAUGCCAGAGGAAUUUAUAGUUUCAUCGUUAAAUUUAUGUUUGAUUGAGUCCGGUUUGUAUUUGAUUCUUGGACGGAAUUUCGAACGUGAUAGCUUUGAAAGCAUUUGAAAAGAACACGAGACUUACACCUGCUCACCUUGCAGGCAGCUUUCGAGUGAAACUUUAGACAUAUGCAUUGACUUUGAGUUCUAGCUGUCAAGGUAUCAAGUUGAAUGUUUUGAAAUUUUGUGCGGGAUUUCAUGUAUUAUUUUGAGCUACCUCGGAAAAAGUUAAAAUGUUUUGUUUCUUUGACUGUCUUUGACAUAGAAUAGUAUUGUUUUUGAGCAAGAUCACAUCAACCACCAUCUAUCGACGUAAUCUAUGGUCUCACGAAGCACAUUGACUGGACGCCGAUGCAAUUGGUAUUUUUUCCAUCGCGCGAAGAAUACACAAGUUUACAAAAUAAAAUGAAAGUCGUGAACUUCUGUCAACGACCAAAAUUUUUGAAGCACAAUUUAGUGCUGAUUUCGAAACCGACCUUCAAAAAAUUUAAAGUAGAACAGUUUUUGAGUUUGAGCUCAAUAUCGAGUUUUACAAUUUUUCAAAAUAUGUAAUUUACUAAAAUUCAAAUAUAUUGCGUUUUGCUCAACCAAUUUUAAAUCUGUUUCCAUAAAUUGAAUGCUGAAUACAAUACCAUUCGAUUAUCUGAAUACAGGUUUUACGUCAGAUUGAUGAAAUUCAAGAUAUCGACGAUUUUUAGGGACGAUCUUCUUAAAUUUUAGCAAAAUUCCCAAAUUUUUUUGAAGAAAUGUAUUUUUUUAAUAAGAAAAAACCAACUUAAAAAUUCUUUCUCGACGUUUAUCAUAUGUAGGCGAGUUACAGUAAAAAUUUCAGCUCAAUCGGAGCAUUGGUUACGGAGAAUUAGAUGUUUGAAGUGAGUGACUUUGCUUAAAAAUAGAACAAAAAUCGAUUUCAAAUCAUCAACCUUGUAUGGAAAGUCAAAAAAAUUUCCGCUCUACUGUAAUUUUUUUCUUUCGCGUUUUAGAACUCAGGGCAUGAUUCUACACCAAAAAUGAUCAUCAGCUUACCGAGUUCAAAAAUGCUGUAAACUAGUGAUAUCGGUUUCUGUCCGAUUUUAUCACCAGUAGCGCGCUUUAGGCAGAUUCGGGCUUAUGGGUUGAUAAUCGUAGGAAACCUCAGGUCAAUUCAAAAAGUGUUGUGAUACAGUAAAUUUGAUCAUUGGUGUGGAAACACGAAGUUGCGGUUACAGUAGUGGUAGAUCGCCGGCACGAUGGUCGAGUCCAUCACAAGGCGAAGAAAGUGGCUCCUGAUUUGAGGAUUUGUCGCGCGAGAUUUCGAUGAAAACUCUUUGGAACAUCGGGAGAACAAUCCCAAGUAACAAUUUAAGUUUUGUUCGGCUCUUUAAGAGAUCCUCAUUGUGAGAUAUAAGAUGUACUGAAUAAAGCUGUGAUAAAGAGAAUGAUCACAGCAGGCGAUAUAGCGCAUUUGAAUGUGAUGUGAACUGUCAAGCAGACAAUGUUAGCAUCCCUGCUUGCGUAGCAACAACUCCAGGCGUCACCCAACCGCGUUCACUCUUGCCUCUGGGUAAGUUGUGUGUGCUGCCCGUGAGGGAUGAUUCCUUCCCAGAGAAAUCCUUAACUUCACAUUGGCGAAUACCUGCCAGUUUUUCGUUCAAUUGCGAAAAAAAAUCGAACCAAAUUAAAUAUUAUUUUGCUGGGAGGAAUCACUCUUCAAUUUGCAUUGUAAAGUGAGAAAAUUACGACAACACAAAAAAGUGAAAAAUGUGGUGUGAUAUUCAUCGUGGGCUCCGGAUGGUGCAUGCUUCCGGAUGAUUUUUUGUGCUUGGACAAUUAUCGAGGAAGAAAUAAAACACGAGAAAAAUAAACCAGCAGCAGUAACUGGUAAGGAAAAGCUAUAGUGAUUCUGUUAUGUUGUGCUUACAGCGUGUUGUUUGCCGUGGGGGAAAACCUCCGGCAAUGUCCGCUGCCGAAAAGCAAGGUUAGAAAGAUCCUGUUGUUUUGCAUCGUGCAAAUGUCGGAUCGGAAGCUUACAGCAUGUUGUUUGUCGUGGGGGAAAAAUCCCGGCAAUGUCCGCUGACGAAAAGCUAGGGUAGAAAGAUCCCGUUGUUUUGCUUCGCGCAAAUGUCGGAUCAGAAGCUUACAACGUGUUGCUUGCCGUGGAGGGACAGUCCCGGCAAUGUCCGCUAACGAAAAGCUUGGUUAGCAAGAUCGCGUUGUUUUCUUUCGUGCAAAUGUCGGAUCUGAAGCUUACAUCGUGUUGUUUGUCGUGGCCGAUAAAUCUUAGCAAUGUACGCAAAAAAAAAAAAAAUAUUAGAAAAAUCCCGUAGUUUUGAUUCGUGCCAAUCCGUACCAAAUCGUACCAAUAUCAGAUAUUUCGAACUUAAACGACGGAGCAAUGGGAUAAAUUCGGGUAUAAGAUUGAAUAAAGACUCAAAGAGCAAGAUUUUUUUCAGAACCACCCAGUUUUCGAUCUUUUCUGGAAAACAAAGUAGCAGCAGCAUGGUACCUCACAAUGAAAACUGUAUUCGGCAGCCAUGGCAGCAGCUGCAAGGUAUGUGACGAUGCAAUAUAACAGUUAAUUAUGUUGAAUGGUUGUAAGUAAAUACUCCAAAUUGAGAGACGGAAAUUCAAUUUUAUGUUAAAAAUGUGUAAAACUUCUUUAGAGUAGAAGAAGGAUGUGAGAUAUAAUACCCCGGACAGACAUGUGAUUCGAGUGUGAUACAUGUACAACGGUACUCACUGUCAAGAAAAUUCUAAUAAGACUGACUUGAAUGGAGAGAAUUAUCAGUGUGGCACUCAUUUCAAGCGCAAAUUUACAAUGAUUCUUGUAUAACAUGUGUGUCAUAAGUAUAAGAUGUACUGAAUAAAGCUGUGAUAAAGAGAAUGAUCACAGCAGGCGAUAUAGCGCAUUUGAAUGUGAUGCGAACUGUCAAGCAGACAAUGUUAGCAUCCCUGCUUGCGUAGCAACAACUCCAGGCGUCACCCAAUUGCGUUCACUCUUGCCACUUGCGAACCAACGUCAGCCUGGGUAAGUUGUGUGUGCUGCACGUGAGGGGUGAUUCCUUCCCAGAGAAAUCCUAAACUCCACACUCAUGACCAAUUUUAUAAAAUUUGCAAUAAAACUGAUUUAAACAUCAAAACCUCUUGAUAAUUUCUUUAAGAGCAUAUUCCGGCUAAGUUGACCACUCUCGGAGAGGGUUUUCAAACCGUAUCAAGAGUAGCAAUAAAACUGUUUUAAAACCUCGUAGACAAAUUUUCCGUACUCUAAAAGAGGUUAUGAUGAUUGUUGAUGUUUUUUUCAACAAAAACUAUGACAGCUCAAGAUGCACAGAAGUUUUCCAAGUAAGAUUUUAAAUUUUGUUCGGCUCUAUUAGAGAUUUUCAUGACCAAUUUUAUAAAACUUGCAAUAAAACUGAUUCCCCCAUCAAAACCUCUUGAUAACCUCUGUUAGGAGCGCCAAGUCGAUCGGCGAGCCCCUCGAAUGAUGUAGCCGCACCCCGGCAUCAAUCGAGGGAUCGUCAGGAAUAAAGUUGAACGAUUACCUGACAGUACGGGCAAUCGGUAAAACAAUAGCAUCGAGCAACAAAAAGUGAAGUUUUUUAUAGACUCCACCAAUUUUUUCUUAAAUCUACAGUUUAUCUUAAUAUUAUAGCUUUAAUUAGGUAACAUUAAAAAACAACAAGUUGAAGUACAUAUUAGCCUAAUUGAACCUAUUAUUCGUUAAAUGCUACAGGCAAUUACAUGCAAACUACCAGUGUAUUCAUACGCGGAUUCAACGAUCUAAAACUAUUAUUGUGCAUCGUUUGGGUAAAUGUGAAUUAUGAAUUGCAAUUGAACCAUAUAAUGAAAUUAUCUAAAAUAUAGAUCGCGAGCAGACGCUGACUGUAAAAUUAUCUGGGACAUAAAAACAGUGUGAAUCACCAACAGUAAGCAAAGUAAUCUAUACUAUUUUUAAUAUGCGUAGUAUAACUUGAAUUUUCUCUACAUUUGCCAGGAAUUUAUAAUUUAUAAAUCCCCAAAUCACAACCGGAAAUAAAUUUAUAGAUUCAACCGAUUCUAGUCUCAGAUCAUUUAACAACAACCUCUUUAAGAGCACCUUCCGGCUAAGUGAACCACUCUCGGAGAGGUUUUGUAAACCGUUUUAAGAGUAGCAAUACAACUGUCCAUACUCGAAAAGAGGUUCUGGUGAUUGUUGUUUUUUUUUAACAAAAACUAUGACAGCUCAAGAUGCAGAGAAGCUUUUUCAAUGGCACGCGAAGUUCAGGAGGAGACAUCAUAUUUUAGAAGUGAUUAUGUUGCUAGGCUUAUGUAUAUUCAAUUUCACCGUGAAUAUUGGGAUUGCUCUUGUUCGCUUUUUAAUUGAUGUUUCUCGGUGAAACACCAAUUAAAAAGCGAACAAGAUCAAGUAAGCGGUGAUCAAAGCCAUAUCAAGAUAUUGGGAUUGCAGAAACAUAAAAUUAAUACGCUUCGAAAAUGCUGAAUAUUAUGAUCUUGAAAGGAAAUAAAUCAAUUUGUUAAUUUGGUAAGACUAUCUCGAAUUUCAAGAAUAAUCAGCUGAGAGAGUUUAUUUAUCUGAGCAUUAGGGUGGCCCACACUUAUAUGAAAAACAAAAAUUUUGAAAAAUGCCAAGUCCCACCUCCUGAAUUAGUUGUUUUGGACUCCCAGAAGCUACGUUCAAAAUUUGAGCAAAAUCGGUUAAAUAUAUGCAGAAAUCUUAGGUUUUCCAUUUUUUGUCGCUAAGUGGCGCUGUAAACGUUCAAUGACAAAACCCCGGUGUAUUAUUGUAGGUGAUUAUAUACCAAACAACUUCGUCGAAGACUGCAAAGUGGUACGACGCCUGUUAAAAAGUUAUACCCUGGGUAAAGUGAGGCGAGACGUUAUGGCUGUUUUUCCAGUACAUGUAAAGGAAUAAUAUCAAUAUUGAAAUCUCAAUACUUCUCUUCACUUUGCCUAGAUAAUAACUUUUCUCACAAGCGUCGGAUUACUUUGCAGUCUUUGACAAAGUUGAUUGGUAUAUAGUCACCUACAAUAAUACCAAAGGGUUUUUAUCAUUAAAUGCACCACCUAGCGGCAAAAAUGGUAAACUUAAGACUUCUCAUACAUUUGACCAUGUUUUCCCAUACAAACUUCAAGCAUUUUGAGCACCCCAUUAGGCUUAAUUGAUUUUGCUCAAAUUUUGAACGUAGCUUCUGGGAGUCCAAGACAACCGAUUCAGGAGGUAAGACUUUGCAUUUUUACAAAUUUAUGUUUUUCAUUACAAGUGUGGGCCACCUUAGUGAGCAUGCUAUGGAAAUGACGGCAAACUAUCAAUUCACUGCAAAUUUGAGUAAAAUUAACUAUUUUCAUUUAAGUUAUUUAAUUUUCCAAUAUGGUGACGACCUUAAUUAGCGAAAAUAAAACGAAAGCAAGUUUACUUUUAUGAUGACCGCAAUAAAUCUAGCGGUGUCAUAGUUUCUGCUUUUUCACCAACAGAUGCCGUUACUAAUCGAACGGGUAGUCAUCUGUUGAGAGUUUGAACAGUUUUAUUGUGAUAAAAAUGAAUGCCAGAAGAAUUUCAUACAGGAGAGUUUUAUUCAUUCUUAACCCUUCAGCGCGCGCGCUGUUGUAAAAAGUACAACACUACCAAAAAAUCUCGCUUUUCGUAUACAGCGCGAGCGCGGUGCAGUUUCGGUUGCUUGAUGGCGCGCGUCCUGGAAGGUUAAAAUCUGGCUCCAUGGAUAUCUUCAAGUAUACUAUAAAACAUUGAAUCAUUUUUUUAAGUACAUAUUCAUAAAACUGACGGUUUUCAUUAUUGCUGUAAUAAAACCCUAAUUAAAAUUAAACAAAACCAAUCAGCAAUGGAAUUGUUACAAACAUUUUUUUUAUGUAGUUUUAGGUAAUUUCAACGGAUCGUAACGCACAUUUCUUUCUGUACCACCCCAAGUAACACACAUGUUAUAUAAAAGUUACGACAGCGCAAGUUUUGGUUGUAUAGAAGUUUAUUUUACG